UUUGAUGACAUUGAGGGUUAUCCUGAACCUGCAAAAUCAGAACCUAAGGAAGAGAAAUCGAAGUCAAAGUCAAGAUCAGUUGUAAGCGGAAUGUUCGGGACUGAAAAUGACGAGGAAAAAUUGACUGAAUAUGUUCUAAUUGGUUCAGAUAGAAGUGUCAAUUGGCUGCAAAAAAGAAAGGAAAUGAAAGAUAAAGAAGAUGCUCUUCAGCAAGGUAACAAGAGGAAGAAUUACCAGAAAAUGUUAUCUGAUGUUAAGAAACAGGCCCUUACACUUUUUGAGGCAAAUUUGGAGGGACCAGAGGAGGAGAAACUACCCAUCGGUGAAUUUGAUCUGGACGACGAAACUCGGCGAAAAAAGAUUGAGAAUUUCAAUGAAAUCAUGGGAGACAUGAUUAUACGGAUGAAUGCUGAAAUUUCCGCCAGAAAUGCUCUAGCAGCAAAAAUUAAGGGUCGUACCUGGGAUAAAAUGAUAGUGAAGACACAACAUAUCCAUGCUUUCCUGGGACAAUUUUUUGUGGAAAAUUAUGCAAUUCUUCAACCUGAUUUAGAAUUACAAAAAGCAUUGUCUGCACUUGAAAAGCGAAUGAGACUGACCUGGAAAACCUCAAAGAAGGACUGUUUCUAUCCGUGGAUGCCAAAAGUUAAUUAUGAUAAAGUGCGAACGGGGUCAAUUGCUGUGGAGGAUGGAGACAGGAAGACUGUUGACCUCACUGCUGACGAGACAGCAUCAAAUAUUGAAAGUGAACUAUUGGACGCAAAUAAUGUUGAUGUCUUUAGAGGGUCUGCUAGUCACAAGUACGUGUCAGUGUCUCCUUAUCAUUGCUCUCAGUUUGAGCUGUCUACUUUCCACCAUGUUCACCAAGAAGUGGUGUUAUUAAGACAAAUAACUCAAAACUUACAAGAGUACUUUAAUAAGGAAUUUAAAAAAAUGUUGGAAAUUAAAGAAAAAGAAUUAGGUUUAUUGGCAGAGAAAAAUAAUCGGCGGCGACAUCUUCUUUCUGAGUUGAAUAUUUCUGGUAUUCCAGUGGAUGAUGUGGAAUGGGAUCCUUUAGAGGAACCAGAGAGAUUAAUGAUUGUAAAGGAAAAUGAGGUUAGUGUUCCACCCUACUUAACAAAGAGCGAGGAGGAACUUAGAGCUCGAAAAGCUGCAGAAGCUGAAGCACUACGACUUGCACUGCUUGCAGAUGACUUUCGGGAACGAGCAUUAAUUACUAUGAUGCAUGGAGUAUUGGAGCUGCGCUGGGAGGAUAAAAUCAAGAAGGAUGUUCCGAAACCAAAGUGCUUGGUAAUUUUUCCUAUACCUCUCCAUUUUGUGGAAUAGUGUACUCAAUAAUGUGCAGAAUAUAGUUGAAGACAGUGACGUAGAAUUGGUGCAGCUUCGUGUACUAUUGCUGC